AUGGCUUACCCACGAUACAACAACGCUCAGCAACCGGGUCCGCAGCAGUACUACCACCAAGAACCCAUCGACGCUGGCCACCAGCAUACCGGCUACGACGACCACUACGACUACCAGUACGACGACCGCUACGGCUAUGACCAAGGACACUAUGAGCAGUAUGACAAUGGAUAUUAUGACCAACAACAGCAGAACUGGGGGAAUGCGGGCGGCUACUCGCAACAACAAGGGGGAUAUCCGGAACAGCGUCAGCGCACCGCACAAGCUCCACCAGGUGGCAGAGGGCAGCCUCGGGAUCCCUAUGCGCAGGACAUGCACCAAGGACAACCACAACCCCCUCCGCAAGGACGAGGUCCCAUGAGGGGUCCCAUGGCGCCUCGAGGCGGACCGAUGCAGGGACCCGGUAUGCAACGUCCCCAGGGACGACCUCCCAAUCCCCAGCAGCAAGGACAGCCAGUAUUGAGACCACCCAGAACCGAACGGGCCGCCAUGUCCCCCGUGUCUCCGCAGAAACUCCCCCAAGAUAGCCCAUUCCCUACGUUUCCCACAAGCAAGGGCAAACCACGUCCGAAUGCAGGAUCGAUGGAUGAGGCUAUGGCGCUCAUGAGCAUUGGGGCCAAGGAAGACGAGCGGCAAAGAACAGGGCCUGCGCAGGGCAGUGGAAGAGGACCCGCUGGCCCGCCACAGCGGAGAGGAUUGCCGCCUGGGAGAGGUGGAGGGUAUGCGGACCCAGACGCACAGAGGCAGGACUCGGGUCAUUUCGAGGGUCAGGAUCGCUUCCAGCAAUCCCCUUCUCGUGGCUACCCCCAGCAGCGACCGCCGCCAAUGAAUAUGGGAGGACCUGAUGGUCGCUCUGGACCAGAUCUCAAUCCCGCUUCCCCUACACGGCAGGGCUUUUCCGCUCCUCAGCGAUCCGUCACGAUGCCGCAUAACACGUCUACGGGGGUCAACGACCGAGGUUAUCAGUACGAUACUCAGCAAGACAACCAGCAACAAUGGAUGGAGCCAGGGUCAGUAGCCGGGUAUCAUGGUCCACAAGAACAGGCAUACAUUCCGCCUCGCCCAGCCACGGCUUCUGGUACCAAAGGCGACAGUCCUGCUGGACAGCAACAGUAUCAGCAACCUCCUCCUGUACCCCAAAUCCGUACCCAACAGCAGCCUCAGCAACCAAAUCAGCAAUAUCAACAGGCGCAAGAUGAUGGGCAGGGCGAUUUGGACAAUUUCUAUGAUGACUAUUACGGCGAGAGUCCCGUGGCUGACCGAAUGAGCAAGGCUACUUCUAUCGAUAUGCCAAACUUUGACGCCAUACCAGAGGAGUCGGCCACUAGGCAUCGUCGAGGCUAUUCAUUCGAAAAUCAUCUUUCUCCAGCGGCCUCGGUGCCAGCUACGCAGUCUGUACCUCCCGCAACAGCCGGGCCAACCCCAAGCUCCGAUGAAAGGCAAAACAGUUUCUCCCAACAGGCGGCUAGAAGUAGAUCCCAACCCGAUCUCCAUGGACAAUACUCAGCGAACGGCGCCUAUGCCAUGGCUGCUGAUGCGCCCGAUAUGCCUCCGCUUCCCAGAGCAAACACCAUGCAGCAAGUUCCUGUCGGCUUACCCAGUGGUCCACGAGGCAGGGGCCCACCUCCGCGAGCAAUGACCAUGGGCACAGUACCUGAACACGCCCCAUCGGAUCAGGGAUAUGGUCGAGGACAGCAGCCAAACUACGAUCCCAGGUACCAGCAACAGCAGCCUCCAAUGCAGAGGAACUAUUCCGAUCAGUCUGCGUAUUCCGAACCCGGCGCGUACGCAAUGCGAAAUGGCUCCCCAAUGGCCGGCACUCUCAUUCCGCGUCCUGGCACUGCAGCGCCUGCUCCUGGUCGAAUGCCUCAAGAUCCGAUCCCACGUCGACCUGGGACGACUCAGCCCGCAUCUACAAAUCCAGAUGCCCUACCUGCACAUCCAGUCCCUGUGCGACCCGGCUUAAUGCAACAAGGCCAAGAACGGUCGGCGUCGCCUCAGUCAACGAGACCGCCACCUAUCCGACAAUAUCACACGGAUCCAACACCGGGUGGAUAUAGGAACUCUCAGUCGUCCAUGGGGCCGCCUGAACGUCGUGCCUCCGUGCCUCAUCCCGUAACCCACGACGAACUCAACCGCCUCCGUAACACAUGGAGAGCCAAUCCUUCAGACCACGCAACAGGUCUCCAACUCGCAAAGAGACUCGUCGAAGCCGCAAGCGUCCUCGCCGAUGAAGGCGGCACGGCAGACAACCGAACCCGCAACAAAAACCGCGAGAAGUUCGUCAUGGAAGCGCACAAAAUCGUUAAGAAGCUCGUCCACAGCGGCUACGCGGAAGCUAUGUUCUACCUGGCCGAUUGCUACGGCUGCGGGCGUCUCGGCCUGCAAGUCGACACCAAGGAAGCUUUCAGUUUGUACCAGUCCGCCGCUAAAGGGGGCCACGCAGCAGCCGCAUACCGCACCGCCGUGUGCUGCGAAAUGGGCCACGAGGAAGGCGGCGGCACGAAGAGGGACCCGCUCAAAGCAGUGCAGUGGUACCGCCGCGCCGCAGCGCUCGGAGACACGGCAGCCAUGUACAAGAUGGGCAUGAUCCUCCUCAAGGGCCUGCUCGGCCAGCAGAAAAACCUCGGCGAAGCGAUCAACAUGCUCAAACGGGCCGCCGACCGUGCAGACCCAGAUAACCCGCACGCCCUGCACGAACUGGCGCUGCUGUAUGAGGCGCAAACCGGCAACGAGCGCAUCAUCCGCGACGAAGCAUACGCCGCGCAGCUCUUCAUGCAAGCCGCCGAACUGGGAUACAAGUUCAGCCAAUUCCGCCUGGGCCAGGCAUACGAGUACGGGUUACUCGGCUUACCCAUCGAUGCGCGCUCGAGCAUCGCGUGGUAUACACGCGCAGCCAGCCAGGAGGAACAUCAGUCCGAGUUGGCGCUGAGCGGGUGGUAUUUGACGGGGUCUCAGGGGAUCUUGGAGCAGAGCGAUACAGAAGCUUACCUGUGGGCGCGGAAGGCGGCGUGUGCGGAGCCGCCGUUACCCAAGGCGUUGUUCGCCAUGGGGUAUUUCACCGAGGUGGGGAUCGGGUGUCCGAGGAGUUUGGAGGAGGCGAAGAGGUGGUAUGGUCGUGCUGCUGCGUACAAGUUCCCCAAGGCGCAGGAGAGGCUCGAGGAGCUGAAGAAGGGGGGGCCGAAGGUUCAGCGCAGUCGAGAGAGGCUGAGCAGGACGAAUCCGAAACAGCAUGAUGAGAAUUGCAUUGUUAUGUGA